AUGGAGGAUGAUCAAGUGGAAGAUAUUGAUUUCUGCGCCACGGAGGAUAACCCAAUAGCCGGAGGCUCCACUACGUCAACGGAAACGAUAGUGGAGAAACAACGGGAAUCGGAUUUAACGGUAUUUACAAAUCCACCCAAAUCAGAACCACAUGGACCGGCCACCCAAUCAUCAACAAAAAGUGUUGCCCUCAUGAGGAGUGAGGCGCAAAUACGGAGGCAAUUGAUGCUAAACGGGAUUUGUGAGAGAUUAACCCAAUUGCCGGAGGACGAGGCAUCGGAGUCAGUCCUCGAAGCAUACCAAUCGCAAGCCAACGCUUCAUGGAAGGAGUUUUCGGAUUACCACGAGCUCCUUCUCAGAGAAGCUCCACCGGAGGUCUUCGAGCACCCCUACCACAUGGAGGACGUCUACAGCCAGGUGCCACCCGGAUCCACAGAAUUUAAUUCGCUCACCCGAAUUACUAUUCCCACAUUUGACGGAAAAUAUCACGAUUGGAGAGCAUUUGAUGACUUGUUCACCAAUCUGGUCAUCAAUCCACCAAGGAUCAGCAAUGCGGAAAAACUCACUCGGCUGAAGGCAGCUCUUCGGGGUGAGGCAGCCAGCCUCAUUUCCAAUAUUGUCAUUUCGAAUGACAAUUUCGCAACGGCCUGGGAAGCCCUGAGGAAUCGCUGUGAGAACAAACGGGUUCUCGUAGCCUCCCACCUCAACAGGAUCCUGGCCUUGACUCCAGUCAAGGUCAAGACAGCCAAGGCCAUCCAAACGGUCAUCUACACAACCAAGGAAGCCAUGCACGCUCUGAAAACCCUCGGAGCCCCAACGGAGCAUUGGGACACCAUCAUCAGUCAUUUGAUCAGGAGACUGUUAGAUCCGGAUACACGGGAAAAGUGGGAGCUUAAACUCGGCGAUUCCAGAGAAAUCCCAACUCUGGAGGAAUUUCUCAACUUCCUUUCUUCCAUCGCUCGAGGGUUGGAAAACCUCGAGGGCGAAACUAGAACUCCAUCCAAGUCAUCGGUCACUUCCACCUCCACCACCACGGCUCGGGUUCAUCAGGUGUCGGCGGACACUCCUCAGGCACCCAGCAGUCAUCCAUCCAGCGGAUCAUCGGCCAAGGCAAGUGCCACCAGCACCAGGGAAAGUCAUUGUCCCUGCGGUCCAUCGGUCGGCCAUACACUCAUCAAGUGUCCCACCUUCGUCCAAAUGAAGCCAUUGGACAGGAGGUCGUACGUUAUAAGCAGUCCACGGUGCUUUAACUGCUUUAGAAGCCACAGAGCGGAGAGUUGCCCAGAGACUCAACGGUGCAAGGUUUGCCAGGGCAAACACCACACAAUGAUCCAUGAAGGAUCACCCGGAGCUCCAAACGCAGCUCGUUCAGCCACCGCCCAGUCAACGAGCUCAGUCCAACGUCGGUUGGAAAAGGCGGCCAGUCAACCACCAACGGCACCAAGGCCACCACCAGAUACGGCUAGCACCAGCGGAUCGGACUCAUCCAAACCACCACUAACGGCACGUAGUACCACGGCGGAAUUGAUUCGGUCGUCUAUCGAGAACCUCACAGUUGUGAGACCAUCAGCGGCGGGUCACCACUCAUCCAAGGCGGUCAAACCAGCGCACUCAAUCCAAUCUCCAUCGGACUCCAAACCACAGCUGGUGCUCUUGGCAACGGCACGGGCCAGAGCAUCUACUCCAGGCGGUUUCUCGCAACCAGCGAGAAUUCUCAUCGAUCAGGGCUCAGAGUUAUCAUUUAUCUCUGAAAGCCUGAUCAAAUUGCUCCAACUCCAACGGAAGGCGGCGGUCAUCAAUCUAAUCGGCAUCGGGUCCACGGACUCAGGUCGCACUGGAGGCUUGGUGUCUGUUACACUCCACUCCAACUUUGACAGUCAGUUUGUCAAAAUACGGGCCCACAUCCUCGGCAAACUCACAGCGAAAUUACCCUCUAUUUCCUGUGAGUCACCGUCCAUCGGCGAACUCCAACACCUCCAACUGGCGGAUCCUAGUUUUGGAAAAUCUGGUCCCAUAGACGUCAUCAUCGGUGCAGAUUUCUACGGCCAAAUCAUCGGAGACCAAGUGAUUAAAUCCGCGGAUAAUCAACUCGUCGGCCAGAACACCACCUUCGGCUGGAUCAUUUCGGGACCAGUUUGUUGCUCAGGCUGUUCGACCAAGGUCUCUCUAACUGCAGUACGAGAGACUUCGAACGAGCAACUGCUGGCACUUUUGAAGAAGUUCUGGACCCAGGAGGAAUUGCCAGCUCAGAGCAAUAACCCUCUCACCCAGGAGGAGCUCGAAUGCGAGCAACAGUUCCAAUUCACCCACACUCGGGAUCCAACGGGAAGGUAUGUCGUCAGACUACCCUUCAAAUCAUCGGCCAAUUCCCUUGGGGUCUCAAAACCCAAGGCUUUGCGGCAACUUCACCAGCUCAGCGGCAAACUCCAAAGAGACUCCAUCUACGGGAAGCUGUACCGAGACUUCAUCCAAGAAUAUGAAGCUCUUGGACACAUGCAGCGAGUAGUGGACACCACGGAACCAUCUCCAGCAUACUAUCUGCCACAUCACGGAGUGCUACGGCCAGAUAGCACAACAACCAAGCUUCGGGUUGUAUUCAACGGCUCCAGUCCCACCUCAACCGGUACGUCACUUAACGACAUCCUCCACGCCGGCAGGAAACUCCAGGUAGACGCUCCAGACGUGCUUCUCUGGGUGAGAAGACACAGGUACCUCUUCGGCACGGACAUUGUCAAAAUGUUCCGGCAAAUUAGGAUCCACUCGGACGACUGGAACCUCCAGCGUAUCCUAUGGCGUGAUGAGAACCAACUCAUCACGUUUCAACUCACCACGAUCACCUGCGGCCAAACCUGUGCUCCAUGGUUAGCUCUUCGAGUUCUCCAGCAGCUCACGGCGGACGACGGACAUCGGUAUCCAAAGGCGGUACCCUCACUCUCCAAAGGCAGAUACGUAGACGAUAUCUACGGCGGAGCGGAUUCACCAGGGGAGCUGAGAGAAAUAAUCAUUCAGCUCAUCGGGCUCUGCAAGGCGGGCGGCUUCCCCCUUCAGAAAUGGGCCAGCAAUUGUCCGGAGGUCCUCAGCCAACUUGGGCUGUUACCUCCAUCAUCCCCAUCAUCUUCAUCGGAGCUUCACUAA